UCCCUUAUCCUCUCUUCCCUCGCAUACAAUGUCCGCUUCAAAGGGUCGCGUUCUCCUCGCAUACUCGGGCGGCUUGGAUACUUCGUGUAUCCUCGCUUGGCUGAUCGAGCAGGGAUAUGAGACGGUCGCGUUCAUGGCAGACGUCGGGCAGGAGGAGGACUUCGAGGCUGCCCGCGCGAAGGCUCUGAAGGUCGGCGCGAAGAAGUUCAUCUUGGAGGACCUCAGACGGGAGUUUGUCGAGGAGUUGAUCUACCCCGCCGUCCAGGCAAAUUGUAUCUACGAGAAUGUCUACCUCCUGGGUACCUCGCUGGCGCGGCCAGUCAUUGCUCGCGGCAUGAUCGCUGUUGCUGAACGGGAGGGAUGCGACUUCGUAUCGCAUGGAUGCACGGGCAAGGGCAAUGACCAGGUCCGGUUCGAGCUUGCGUUCUACGGACUGAAGCCAGACAUCAAGGUCAUCGCUCCCUGGCGAAUUCCAGAGUUCUACAACCGCUUCGCCGGCCGCCAGGCCCUCCUCGCCUUCGCCGCCGAGAAAUCCAUCCCGGUGCAGCAAACCGCCGCCAAGCCCUGGUCGACAGACGAGAACCUCUUCCACAUCUCCUACGAGGCCGGCAUUCUCGAAGACCCAAACACCACCCCGCCCGCCGACAUGUGGAAGCUCACCACCGCCCCCGAGGACGCGCCCAACACGCCCGAGCGCCUGCAGAUCGAGUUCAAAGCCGGCCUGCCCGUCAAGGUGACGCUCGAGGACGGCAAGACCGUCACGGACGCCGUCGACAUCUUCCUCGAGCUGAACCGCCUGGGCCGGAAGCACGGCAUCGGGCGCAUCGACAUCGUCGAGAACCGCUUCAUCGGCGUGAAGAGCCGCGGGUGCUACGAGAGCCCCGGCGCGACGAUCCUGCGCGCCGCGCACGUCGACCUCGAGGGCCUCACGCUCGACCGCAACGUGCGCGCGCUGCGCGACCAGUUCGUCACGAUCGAGCUCAGCCGGAUUUUGUACAACGGCCACUUCUUCACGCCCGAGAGCGAGUUUGUGCGCAGCGCGAUCCCCGCGAGCCAGCGCACUGUCAACGGCGUCGUCAAGCUGAAGCUGUACAAGGGGAACACGGUCGUUGAGGGCCGCUCGUCUGAUGAGGGUCUCUAUGACGAACAUCAGUCUUCCAUGGACGAGCUGGGUGGUUUCGAGCCCACAGACACCAGCGGAUUCAUACAGAUCGAGUCCAUCCGGAUCAAAAAAUGGGCACAGGCCAAUGCUCGCAAGGGUCAGGCUGGUGUGCAGCCCAAGGACGUCUACGGCUCCCGCACAUAAAGCAAGAAAGGGGGAGAGAUAAAAACUAGCAUAGACAACUCGUAAUUGAUUGGGGCAAGUUGCUGUUUGAUUACCAUAGAAUAUUGUAGGGGUAGACCACUCAAUCGUCAGAGAUAUGCAGGAGUGCCUCGGUAGUGUGUGACGACACGGAUGCACUCAGGCAUACAUAGUAAGUUUGGGCAAGCUCGUUGGAUAAGAUCAAAGCACAUAAGGUACAGCGAUUAUGGAAUGAUACAGUUGAUAUUACCUGCAAAUAACUUGAAC